AUGAAGGUUGCUUUCGUUACUGGUUCCAAUAGAGGGAUAGGAUUUGGAAUUGUUGCCAAACUGGCACAUACAUAUGGUUCCACCGGAGAGUGGGACGUCUAUCUAACAGGUAAUUCGCUAUUGUUAUCCAACUGGUGUGCAGCUCGAAAUGUUGACUUGGGCAAAAAGGCAUGUGAGGAAUUAAAAGGCAAAGGCCUCCAGGUUAAGUUCCAUCAGCUGGAUAUUACCGAUGCUGAGAGCCGGAAAAGUUUCCUGGCGUACAUGAAAGCCCAUUAUCCAGACGGGAUCAACAUCGCCGUUAAUAAUGCUGGUAUAUAUAAAGACGAUUCAACCGCUCCAUUUGGCGAACAAGCUAGGGUUACUGUGCACACUAAUUUUACCUGCACCUUUGAUUUCACAUUGGAAUUUCUUCCUCUGCUCGCAGAGAACGCCAGAGUUGUCAAUGUGUCUAGCAUGUGUGCUCAUAUGACACUGAAACAACUGGGAGAUGAUUUGUACACUAAGUUCACUUCAGUGAUGAGUUGGGACGAACUGAAAGCUUUGAUUGGGGAAUUCUUGAACUCACCCAACAAACAACCUUACUUCUGCUAUCUGCUAGUGCCUCUGGGCUUUUCAAAUUAG